AUGCCCUCCUGCCGAGAGACCUCCGAUAGACACGCUCGAGGGAUCCACGUUAAAAAAAAUAGGUCAAGCUUGGCGUAUGGGACCCCACCAUAUAUAAGCCGAUUACAACACGAUUUACCGCCACCUAAAAGUGAGUACUUUGCUGGUAAUUCUCAAGAUACAAGCGCUCUUGAGGUGUUUAUUGCGCUGGCAGAUCUCACCAGUAUUCUUGACUAUUGCCUUGAACAAGUGUAUAACAUUCAUCAUGACAAUCCUGACUUGAGUUGGAACCUCCAUUCAAAGCUUGACCAAUGGGUUCAGAAUUUAAAAGGAGAUGUUCGCAAAAUCAUUAUUCACGGUGUCAAGCUAGAUAUUCCCGGUGCAUCGAAUUUGCGCCUUGCCUUUUUAUCUAUAAAGCUACUGCUACAGCGUAUAGAUCUAGAUCGGUGGCGUCAAAGCUCUAACUCAAUAAAUCCAGCGCAAUUGGCAAAUCAGAGCAUUUUGCCUCGGAGAACUGCUGAGGAGAUUGUAGUUCUUGUCCAGGAACUGCAGGAUGAGCAUCUGGGGGAUUUUUGGCGCCCUGUCGCAGCGUUUAUAUUUACGUCCACAACCACAUUCCUUUUGCGAUGCGCUCUUGAAACGGGCAGCCAUUCUGAACUUUCAUAUAACUCGUCUCUUCAGAUGGCUCACGAAUUUCUUUCGUCCCUAAGGUCACAUAAGGAGAGGAUGGGGUGGGAUCUAGCCGAUACAUGCCUGGCCCAGCACUCUGAAGUUGUUGAAACAUUGUUGAGCUCAGCGCCGAUUCGCGAUGCAACGAAUCUCAAUCAACAGGCAUUUAUGCCAGAUAUGGAUUUCAUUGGCGCUAUGUUUCCCAGUGUUUGGGAUAAUUUAACAAGUAUUUAUGAGUGA